GCAAUUAAUAUCAAGAUGGGGAGCAUCGUUAACUUGGAUGACAAGUGCCUACUUAAAAUUAUAGAGUACCUAGAUCUUGAAGAACAACUAGAUCUAUGGCAGGCUACUGAAUCUAUUUCCCGAUUGAAUAAAGUUUUAUCAUGCUUCUGGCAGAGCCAUAAGAAACACGCUUUACACCGGAAAUCAUUUGAAAAUAGGGCGGAACUUCUUCAUAACUUUCUGCAGUGCAUCAGUCCUACAAUAGUGAACUUAACUCUCAAAGACUUUCCCGUAGAUCAGCUUUAUGCUUUCCGCAGUCACAGUUUUCCGAACGCGCGGAUACUAGACUAUUCGGGAGUAAUAUCCAAUGUCAACGAAGAUUUGGAGUCUCUGGUGAAUUGCUUUCCCCUCAUAGAGUCCUUUAAAAUAUCAGUUGACGGUGAGGACCCAACAUUAGAAAUAGUCGCUGGUCAUCACGUCGCCAGAUGGGAGAACCUCCGCAGACUGGAUAUAAUUGGCGCUUCCAGACACUGGAACACAAAAUGUUUUCAGGAAAUAUGCAACAGAUUGCCGCUCCAGUUUUUGGCCGUCGCAUGGAGAGACUCGGAGGAAGACGACUAUGUGGAGGCUAUAUCGAAGUUACAGGAACUUGGCGAUCUGCAAUUGGAACUUGAUCUCCUCAGCAGGGAAAGCACGAGCAUGCUGUUGAGUUUGCCAAAGCUGAGAAGAUUGCGCUUUGAUGAAUUCGAAGAUGUGGAAUGUUUACUGGAGCAUAUGGCCGAACUUCGAGGACAGGACGUUGUCGCACUUAACGUAACGAAAACUUUUGGCUGUGGCUCAAUCCCAACCGCUUUCAAAAUAUUAAUGGAGUUGUACCUGGAGGACAUAACCAUUUGGCAGACAGGCGAUGCAUUUUGGGAGAUGAUUUCCUCCUGUCCACAGCUCCAACUGUUACAUUUGCAAAACCACGAGAUAGAGGAUCGAUUCUCAGAGUUCAGUGCAUCGACCAUGGACAAGGCUUUAUGUCGGCGAAAUGAGCCUUUGGUCAUACAUUUUUCGAAUACUUCUCAUAAAGAUUUGGUAAGUAAUUACAUUGCUUUUCUUAGAAUAUGCUUAAUGAUCGUAAUGUUAGUUUUUAUUUGGAAGAUUUUGCAGCAUUUUAGUCAUGUUAAGCUAGAGAUUUUCUUUUAAGUCAUUAAGAAUGCUUAUCCAAAUCUGUCCGGCGGACUUGUAGAACUGGAAUUUACUCCU